GUCAACUCGUUAAGGAAGGCCAAAGCAUCCUUCCUAAUCACGGGAGAGACAUUGAGGUCCAUAUUGGCAGCCAUAUCCUUGGCUGAAAACGGAAGUCGAAGGAAUAGAUUCUGCUCAUGCACGUUGUGUGAUGAUGGGGCUGACGUACUACCCAACAUUAAUUGGCAUGGGAGGUACGCAACGAAUUGUUCUUCACUGCACUAAAUCACCUGAAUUUUAGGUCUCGAGAAAAGCAUCAACAAGGAUGAUGUGAGACAGUGAUUGGAAGCGAGCAAUGAGCGAUUGCUUUGAAAGAUGGAUCUUUCGUAGCGACCGGAUGGAAACGAUGGAUGUCUAUCUUAGUUUGAAGAGAGUUUAAAAUGAAGUAUUUCAAUCUAUUAAAAUUGCCAAGGGUUUUACUAAGUGUUUCAGUAGAUUGUGAAAAUUGUAGCGAGCAAAAAAAAUCUGUAUCAAAAAUAGUGAUCUUGGGUGAUCAAAUAGCAGAGGAGUGUAGUGUGGUAGUGGAUAGCAAAUGAUGGGAAUGAAAAAUUCAAACCCUUCAGAGCUCGAGAUCAAAAAUUCCUUCGUCUUCGUCAUAGUCGUCAACGCUUUCCGCAGGAUGAAGUUGGUAGUGAGCGCUAUGGCUGCUGCUAUCUAGAGGCAUCGAUGGUACUUCGUUUAGGAAAUUAUCGAGCAAGACGUGGCGAUCCAUUCUAGUGGGUGUAACAAUCUUCAGGUCUUGGAAAGUAUUUUGUGUGCGAUAGUAAUGGAUAGUGCUGGAGUGAUGAAGAUCGUCAUCAAUGAAUUUCUCCCCUUCAUUUUGUUCGUGGCGCGAUCUUACGAUGUUAUCAAUGAGAAUUUCGUUGGCGGACUUCAGGUAUGAACCGUCCUGAAGCAGAGAGUUCUGUUGCGAGAUGCCGUUCACAACUCUCGAAAAGAAGACGAAGUCUUUGUAGUCUGCCUCAGCUUCGUCUUGUGCCAUUCUGUGUUCGCUAGAUGUCUUUCUCAUGGACUUGCGAUUGAUAGGAAUCGAGGCAGAACCUUUUCUCUUGGCGAAGGGCAUGCUUGUAGAAGGAGGGUAUGAGUGCCGAUGGCUGCAAUUACUGAAUGGAAAGUGAACGUGGAGAGCAUCGUCUGUCAUCGUUGGAUUAGGUGUGGUUUCGUUGUACAUCCUCAGCUUUGUUGGUUGAUGGUUUGCGUGUUUCACAAAAAGUGUUCGUUGAUUGUUGUCGUUCCUUCCGUAAAUUGUGGUGAGGUUGAGGAUGUUUUCGUCUAGACUAGGUUUUGUUACCUACGGCGUGCCUGUGGUUGUUGCUUAAAUAACAUUUCAUAUUAUUUCCUAGUAAAUGUGUAAAUCAACUGAAAGAAAGAAAGUAUUCUGUUCUUUUUUUAGAAACGGCACUUUUCACGGGAAUGAAUACGGUCCAGUCAUAGGUGACACUAUCACCGCCUUACGGUCCAGAGCGAUGAUUCCUCGAAAUUCAUUUUUUAGUCAUACCUGCACUGUACUGUACAGCCAGUAAUAAAUUACGCAGCACUAUUUUUUGACACUCGUGUGAAUGAAUUUGGUGGCUGUCAGAAAUAGCGCGUCUUUGGAGAGGAGUUUUGAAUCGCUCUGAACCAAAACUUCUCUAGAAAACCCAAGAACGAAAGAGGAAAAAUAAAGCAGUAAAUGCAAUCAUCGAAUACUCGUUUUUGUACGCAAUACUGAUACUUGGCCCUGUCGAAAAUAAUCUCAAUAGAAAUAGAACGUGCAGAGUUAGAGAUCAGGAGCAAGUGAAGCCCGUUAAGUACCAUGUUUCGAUUAACGCGAUCUUUCAUAGGAGACAAGUUUCAAACCAAUAGAAACACUGAGAAUUGUCACGUGUCGGAAAGAAGGUACAGUAGCAGGGGACCAUACCGUACGGGUAGGAUAAGGUUCAGGGAACCAAUACAUAGAAAAAAAACUCUUUCAAUAAAUUCAGAACAUAACCGCGAAUCAAAAGCGAACGAACAAAUCUGUAUGGAUUUUUGUCUCUCUGUCAAAAAAGAAUUCACUGAGCUCAUAACCCAUUGAUUCGAAUUUCGAUGAAUCAUAGAAAAAUGAGAUCAGUGUCAGAAUUAUGAUUGGUUCAAGACACACGAAACCAGCUGGUGGCCAGAUCUGAUAGAGCGUGUCGAGCAUAAGGCUACCUGGCCUAGAGCGAAAAUCAGCUCGGAGUGCUACUCCGAGGAACAGACAUUAGAGCAUAGAUCGACCAGUCAUUUUGCAGAUCUGAGGCUCGCCACAAAUUCGCCAACCAAUAGGAUGUCAAAGGAACAAUGCGUUCGCCAACCAUAUUACUAUUAAAUUUAAGGAAUGUUGGCAACCACUUGACACUUUCGGUGCCCUCCCCAACCAAUUGAAUUCCGAUUGAGUGGGCGUGAAGCAGUUUUAACAAAUAUCCCUCAACUUCAAUGAGUUUUUCUCUCUCAAGGUGAACGAAAAAGCCAAUUUACAAGCAAGAGUUUGUUUGGGUUAUUAAUAGUGAACAGAAAAUCGAAAAUAAUGCUAAUUGUUGUCAGAUAAUACAAACGGCAAAAUAGUGGUCUAGUUUCAUUUAUGUUGUGGAUGGAUAGCCGUUUUAGCGGUGCGGUGGUGUAGCUUGUUCGAUUGUUUUCGACGUAAAAUUGUGUAUAUUGGUCUUGUGUUUCAAAAUUAGUGCAAGACGUGUGUGGUUAGCGUUCCCUAGAUGCUCGCGUAGCAUACGAUGUCCGAGCAGCGUCGGUUAGAUUCAUCAUAGCUCGAGAUCAAAGAUGAACUCGUCCUCCCCAGAGUCAAAAUCGUCCCCGUCACCUUCAAAAUCUCGUUGGUACGCAAAGGACGAAGUAGAAGAGGAAGAGCAGGAAGACUCGUAGCAACCAUCCAAGUUCUCGAGACAGUUCUCAUUAGAAGUGCUGUCAUAAAUCUCUUUUGGUUCUCGAUCUUGUUCUUGAUAUCUCGUUUGCAUAAUGUGCGUCAGGCAACGCUCCGUCUCUUCGUUGUAUUGCUGGUAGAGUUGGGGUUGGUUAUCAUCGCCGUUUUUACUCGUGUUUACACGGAGCGUGCGCUCUCGGAUGCCUCUAAUAAGGCGGGCGUAAAAGACGAAAUCGCGUUCGUCCGCCAUUUGCUCGUCCAUGGAGAGCUGGAGUUCCGAAGGGGAUCGAAACAUUGCAUGGGGGAUAGGAACAGAGCUACUCGAAGGUCGGCGUCUCCUGUGCGAGGAAGAUGUAUCCUUGGUGCAGGAACUGAACAUUACUCCCUUCUUGUUGCUGGGACCCUCGCGCGGAUGACCGGGAGUGUAUGGGGUGGGCUUGAUGGUGGAACCAAGCAUUGUUUGUUGGUAGAUCAUCAUGUUGGGAAUACAAUUGUGUGGUGUGGAAACCCAAUGAGACGGUGUUACAAUGGAGAUUUGGAUGUUUUCGCGGUGACUAUUGAGGAAUUUGUGGCGGAGAGCUAAAUUAUGAUGUGAAUGACAAUUCAAGGGAUGAUGCGUUGUGGUGGAGAUUCGACAUUCAUUUCACGAAUAAAGUUAGUUAUGAGAA